UCUCUUUCUCUCUUUCUCUUAAACUUACCACUAACAUUUAACUUUUACUAACCAACCAAAUUCAAUCUAAACUUCGUCCUUCACUAGACUUAUUGAUUUUUUUUUAGUGUAAAGCGAAGUAUUCUAAAAUCUACCAACCAUAAGUUUAGAGUUAAGAAAAAGAAGAUAACUUCAUUCAACCCACCCACGCACAUACACACAUACACAUACACAUACACACUAUACAGACAUACAUACUUAUUCUAUUACUAACUAAGCUACUAAUCCUAUCUAUCUAACUAUCUAACUAUCAUCAUUUAACCAGUUAAUCAGUAUGGAAAGUCAACUUCAAACACUGAUGACGCCUUAAUGUUCCUGUGUUUUUUUUUGAAGAAAAAAAAAGAUGAGAAAGGAACUACACACUACAUACUACUAGUAACCGUUAGAUAAUCAAACAUAUUUGCAAGGAAAACCAAAACAAACAAACAACUAGAGAUUAUGGCCCAAUUUCAACCUAUUUCAUUAAGUCAAUCAGUGCAGUUACCAUCUCAACAAUCCGUACAGCAACAGCAGCAACAACAACAACAGCAACAGCAAAUUCUUCAACAAAAUCCUUGUCAAUAUCAAUUGGAACCAUGUGAUAUUAAACCACAAUUUUCAUCAUUAAUCCCUUCAAUUUCACAAACAUUAAAUACUACUAAUAAUAGUAAUAAUAAUAUGAAUCUAUCCCAAGGUGGAAUUGGAAAUGUUGGUGCCUUGAUGACAACAUUAGAUAAUGUAGUUAGUGGUAUUAAUAAUGUUACAUCUGGACAAUUUGUUACAUCAAUGAAUCAUGCUGAUGUUGCAUCAUUAUUAAUGAAUCCAAGUAAACGUGCUGAAACAUUUGUUAUUGAUGAAGUCAAAGUAAUGUUAAAAGAAAUUGAAGCAAGAAAACAUAUAUUAUUAUCAUUAUCACCAUCAACUAAUCGGUUAAAACGUAGAGCAUGGGAAGAAGUUGCUGUAUGUAUGGCAAAUCGUUGGCCACAUGCACCAAGAAGAACAGCUGAUCAAGUAAAGAAAAAAUGGGAAAAUCUUGUAUCAAAAACAAAACGUAAAGUACGUGCUGGUCAUAUUACACCAGAAUUAGAUUGGAAUGAAACAAAUGCAGCUGUUAUGCAAUUUCUUACACAACAUAGUCCACCAGUACGUUUACGUUAUUUAACAUCAACUACACCAUCAUUAUUUAAUCUUGGUAAUUUACAAUCAGCUUCAUCAACAUCAUCUAUGUUAUCAACAGCAGCAGCAGCGGCGGCGGUAGCUUCAUCUUCAUCAUCAAUGAAUUGUACAAAUGGAUUUAAUCAUAUGAAUUCAAAUAAUUAUGGAUUAUCGAAUAGUAAUUUUUUAGAUUCAUACAAUACUACUACUACUAAUAAUAGUAGUAUUAAUAUUAAUUCAUCAAUUUUUCCUAAUAAUCAACAAUCAUCUUUUAUGUCGUCAACGUCUAAAUCAAAUUUCAUGAACCAAGACAAUAAGAAUAGUAGUAAUAAUAAUACUACUAAUAACAAUAAUAGUAGUAAUAAUAAUAAUACUGGUCAACUCUCAUUUGGUAAUCAUGAACCAAAUAAUUUAAAUUCAUCAACAGAAGAAAAUGAUGUAGAUAUGACAAAUAUAACAAAUGUUCAAAAUACUACUACUGUUGAAGGUGCUUCAGAUGUUGGCAAUAUCACUGGAUCAGUACAUGAAUCAUUUCUAUCCUCUUUUUCACCAUUUAAUCAAUCUUUCAUUAAUUUUGGUUUACCAUCCACGGCGGAAUCAUUUUAUACAACAUUUAGUCGUGAUAUACAAAAAGAAUUAUAUUUACAAUUAAAACAAGAACAUGAAUUACGUAUGGAUAUAUUACGUUUACAAAAGCAAACAUGGUUAUUACAAAUGAAUUUAUUUAAAAAAAUGAAAGUUGAACAAAUUUCAAGUUUAUUUUCAUCACCUAGUUUAAUGAUGAAUACAACAAGUGUUACUCCUUUAACCACGAUUACUACUACUUCUACUCCUAGUACUGCUCCUUCGAUGUCUACAUCGUCUGUUGCUACUACUAUUAGUACUACUGAUCCUGUUAAUAGUACGAAUAGUACGUGUACUACUUCAAUAUCAUUAAAUACAACUACUAUAACAAAUGAAAUAACUAGUAAUGCUUCGAUUAUGCCUAAAAAAUUGACAAGUAAUUCUAUAUCCCAUUUAAAAAAGAGUAAAGAAGAAGAAGAAGGAGUAGGAGGAGGAGAAGAAGAAGAACAAGAAGAAAUUGAAUCACAUUGUAUUAUAUCAAAGAAUUCUUUAUCACCAAUGUUUCCACAAGAUGGUUCAAAUGGUAUUAAUAAUCAUGAUUCACAACAAGAUAACUUGUUAAAUGAUCAUUGUAGAUUAAAUAAUGAAACAACAACAAAAUAAGAAAUUUAAUAGAAUAUGCAAUUGUAUAUUGUUCAUUUAAUCAGUUAUUGAAAAUUAUAUUGUUUUAACUGUA